AUGGAUUAAAAUAAUAAUCAAGAAGUUCAGAAUGAAAUAUAGUAUCCAUUUUAGUAAAUGCUAUCAGAGGAUCAAUUUCAUUUGUUUGAAAACAUUAAGGUGAAGGUGAUUGGUUAAAAUGGAAAGGAAAUCGAAUUUACUCCAAAUUCUGGAAACCUACUCAUUACAAAUGAAAGAUUGUGUUGGUACAGUUUACCAUAGAGCAAUGAAUCAUUAACAAAUGAAUAAUUGUAAAAAGAUAUUCAAAUUGAAAAAACACAAGAGAAUAGUUCUUUAGUUUCCAAUUUGAAUGGAAAAUCAUUUAUGUUUAAUUAUGAAACCCUAGUCUCACAUGGCUAAUAAGGGGAUUAGUUUAUGUGUUUUUUAGGGUCUCAAGAGGAAGAAGAGAUGGAAUUAGAAGAAGAAUAAGAAGCUUUAAUUGAAUUAAUUUAGUAAUAAAAUCCAGCUGAAAUAGUUAAUUUAGGAAAGGGUGAAUAUUAGGUAAGCAUAUAUAUAGAGAUAGAUAUAUUUUGAUCUUAGUAAAUAAUCAAAGGAAACAUAAAAUAAAAUAAAUGAUAUUUUUACAGAAUUAGCAACAGCAAAUGUAGAGAUGGAAGACGAAGGAGAUGAAUUUAUGGAUGAAAUGAUUACAGCCGAUAAUAUCGAUUAAGAUGGAAAUAUUAUUGUUAAAAAAAAGUAAUAAUAAGAAGGUGAAGAAAUAGAAGAUAAUGACGAAGAUUAUGAAGAUGUAGAUGAUGAUGAGGAAGAUGGAGAAGAAGAAGCAGAUAAUUAAUUUGCGAAUAAAAAGAAUAAUUAAGAAUAAAAUUGA